ACGGUCUCCACUGAUAAAUAUCAUACUUGCUAACUUGGAAAUGAAGGUCCUAUGUCCAAAAUCCUGAACCACCCCUUUAAAUUCCUUUGUAUGGUCUUCACAACUGAUCAUUUAUUCUACCUCAGCUUGCUAUGCAUUGUCAUUAUUGAAGUUGAGUAUGUUUGUGUGUAGGGUUUGUAGGUUUAAGAUUUCUUUCACUUAGUCCCCACAACUAAUGCUUUUUCCUUUCUUAACUUGCUUCUAAUUAUCAUAUUGAAGUCAGGUUUGUGUGUAGGGCCUUCAUGGUUUCUUGCACCCGGUCCCCAUAACUCAUGUUAAAUAAAAUAAUGAAAGAUGCCAGUGAAAGUGUUUAGAUGGUUGUUAUGACUGACGGUCUAUUCAUAAGGUACACGUUAUCACUUUGUGCACAUGUUCUCUUAUCAAGGGUGAGGAUGCCACUUGCAGCCUAGAAAAUGUGCCUUCUACCAGUGACCUCCCAACAUCUGCCACUCGGAAGAAGUCCUCCAUUCCUGAUUAUCAGGACUACAUUGAAACUACUCCAGAUGAGGACGAAGACUAUAUUCCUUUAUCUGCAGAAUCCAGUUCUUCAGAAGGUUCUUCUGUCAUCAUACCGCCACCCAUAAAGAAAAAAAAAAGGGGGCCAUUAAUUUUCUAGCCAGCUCUCCCAAGAUCAAUCAUCCUAAGGACCCAACAGACGAAGAUCAGCCAUCCACAUCGGCAAUAACAAUUCCAAAAGUUCUCAAAAAAGUGAUGGCUCUAGAGUUUACAAUAAAAGACAAUUUUGCCUCUUUUGUUUUAAGCCAUUCAUCAAAAUGGCGAGGCAUCUUCAACAAGUUCAUGCAAAUGAACGGGAGGUAGCAUCUACUUUAAUGCACCCAAAGGGAUCCAAAGCGAGGACGGUUUCUUUGCAGUCAAUUCGAAAUGAGGGCAACUACAGACACAAUGCCGAGGUGAUCAGGACUGGCAGGGGUGAACUGGUCCCCCGAAAAAGACCUACGAUGAAGACACAACGCUCUGACUUUUUGCAUUGUUUGUUUUGCCAUGGACUGUUUAUGAGAGAAAAUGUAUGGCGAUAUCACAAAACUUGUCCAAUGAAACCCAAAAAUUCAAGCACAACCCCUGGGAAGACGCGGGUGCAGAAAAUGUGUGCUUUUAUGGAGCCCAUUCCUUCCCACAUAAAUGAAAAACUUUGGACAUUGCUAAGUACUAUGUCACAGGAUGAAAUAACACACACUGUCAAAAAUGAUGAGCGUAUUUUGCAAUUAGGACAACAACACUUGAAUAAGAGUGGUUCAAACCCCAAAAGAUAUGAGAACAUCAGGCAGAAGAUGCGUGAGGUCGGGCGACUACUGAUUACCGCACGGAAGAUGACUGCAGUUAAAGAUAUUAAGGACCUCAUUGAUGCGAAGAAGUACCAGACAGUGGUGAAGGCAGUAAAGGAGACUUGUGGAUACGAUAGUCGGACUGAAACUUACAAAAUCAAAGGCCUUGCACUGAAGCUUGGCCACAGUCUUAAAAAGGUUGCAAAACUUAUGGAAAGCAACGGCAGAAUGAGUGGAAAUUAUGAGAUGGUUGCACAAGCAGUGGAUUUCCAGAAGGUACAUGAAACCAAAUGGUGUGACUAUAUAUCCUCGACUGCUCUCAGGAAUCUACACGAGGCCAAAUGGAACACUCCAUUGAUCCUUCCUUUUACGGAGGAUAUCCAAAAACUUCAUUCGUAUUUGGACUCCAAGAAUGACGAAUAUCACAAACUUCUUUCAGAAGAACCCUCAGAUGUAAGAUGGUCAUGUUUAGCCCAGACAUGUUUGGCAAGUGUUAUACUUUUCAACAGGAGAGAGGGCGAAGUGUCUUCUAUGCCUUUGUGAGCCUUGAUGUCAAGAAAUAAAUCUGAUCCACACGAAGAUAUAGACUGGGCAUUAAGUGAAACGGAAAAACAGCUCUGUCGGCAUCUUUCUAUUAUUGAGGAAAAGAGGCAAACGUGGACGCAAAGUGCCCAUACUCCUGACCCCAAAGAUGGUCAGCUCAUUAGAUUUGCUUGUCAACACAAGAGAGAAGUGUGGCAUAUAGAAGGGCAACCCAUACUUCUUUGCCAGACCCGGCUCAAUAUUUCAUUACAGAGGCUCAGACUGCCUUCGCACCUUUGCCCAAAAAUGUGGUGCUAAGAAUCCUGAUGCUUUGAAAUCCACUAAGUUAAGAAAACAUGUUGCCACUCUGUCUACAGUACUUAAUAUGACAAACAGAAAUGGACCAGUUGGCUAAUUUCCUAGGACAUGACCUUGUUGUGGACAGAGAAUAUUACAGACUGCCAGAGGGAACGAUGCAACUCGCAAAAAUCAGUAAGGUGCUGAUGUCGAUUGAACAAGGCUGACUAAUGGAAUUCAAGGGAAAAAAAUCUCGAUGAAAUCGAAAUACAACCUCACGAGCAAGUUCAGCUGCUAGAUGAGGGAAUGGAAGAAGAAGAGCACGAGGACAUUGGUGUACAACCAGCAGGAAUUAUAAAGCAGACA